AUGCGAAAGAACUAUGAGGUUAACAUUAGAUAUGAAAAGGCAUGGCGGGGAAAAGAGGUGGCAUUGAAUCUGCUUAUGGGAUCAUCCAAAGAGUCAUAUACUUUGUUACGAAAGUAUGGAGAAGCUUUGAAGGCUGUCAACGUAGGAACUAUUUUUGAAAUGGAGCUGGAAGAUGAUAAGUAUUUCAAGUACGGCUUCAUGGCCCUCGGUUGCUAUAUUAAAGGGUUCUCCAGUUGUAUCCGCCCAGUGAUAGUAAUAGAUGGUGCACAUAUGAAGGGUAAAUAUAGAGGUAUUAUCCUUAUUGCUUCUUCUGUUGACGGUAACAACCAAAUAUAUCCUCUUGCGUUCGGACUUGGAGGUUUUCCGAACGUGUCCCACGGAAUUUGCAUGCAGCACUUGUCCACAAAUUUAAAGGACAAGUUCAAGAACGAUAUUAUUCAAGAAAAUUUCAUUCUAGCAGUAAAGACAUUCCAGAAGUCAGAGUUUAGGUACUAUUUCUCCCAACUUGUAGGAUUUCCAGAGGUCCAAAGGUACUUGGAAGGAAUCGAUUUUGAUAAAUGGACACGUGCAUUUCAAUCGGGAUUGAGGUACGACCAAAUGACAUCCGACGUUGCGGAGUCCAUGAAUGCAGUCCUUGUACAUGCACGUGCAUUGCCAGUAACCGCACUUCUUGAACUCCAUCAUACCCAUUGA